UUGUGCAGCUGCAGCAGCGGCUCGGGGGAAGAUGGCGGCCCGGGCGGGUUUCCAGUCUGUGGCUCCGAGCGGCGGUGCCGGAGCCUCAGGAGGGGCGGGCGCGGCGGCUGCCCUGGGUCCGGGCGGGACUCCGGGGCCUCCCGUGCGAAUGGGCCCGGCGCCGGGUCAAGGGCUGUACCGCUCCCCGAUGCCCGGAGCGGCCUAUCCGAGACCAGGUAUGCUGCCAGGCAGCCGAAUGACACCUCAGGGACCUUCCAUGGGACCCCCUGGCUAUGGGGGGAACCCUUCAGUCCGACCUGGCCUGGCCCAGUCAGGGAUGGACCAGUCCCGCAAGAGACCUGCACCUCAGCAGAUACAGCAGGUCCAGCAGCAGGCGGUCCAAAAUCGAAACCACAAUGCAAAGAAAAAGAAGAUGGCUGACAAAAUUCUACCUCAAAGGAUUCGUGAACUGGUACCAGAAUCCCAGGCCUAUAUGGAUCUCUUGGCUUUUGAAAGGAAACUGGACCAGACUAUCAUGAGGAAACGGCUAGAUAUCCAGGAGGCCUUGAAACGUCCCAUCAAGCAAAAACGGAAGCUGCGAAUUUUCAUUUCUAACACUUUCAAUCCGGCUAAAUCAGAUGCCGAGGAUGGGGAAGGGACGGUGGCUUCCUGGGAGCUUCGGGUAGAAGGACGGCUCCUGGAGGAUUCAGCUUUGUCCAAAUAUGAUGCCACCAAACAAAAGAGGAAAUUCUCUUCCUUUUUUAAGUCCUUGGUGAUCGAACUGGACAAAGACCUGUAUGGGCCAGACAACCAUCUGGUAGAAUGGCACAGGACCGCCACUACCCAGGAGACGGACGGCUUCCAGGUGAAGCGGCCAGGAGACGUGAAUGUACGGUGUACUGUCCUCCUGAUGCUGGACUACCAGCCUCCCCAGUUUAAAUUAGACCCUCGCCUGGCUCGGCUCCUGGGCAUCCACACCCAGACCCGUCCAGUGAUCAUCCAAGCACUGUGGCAAUAUAUUAAGACACAUAAGCUCCAGGACCCUCACGAGCGGGAGUUUGUCAUCUGUGACAAGUACCUCCAGCAGAUCUUCGAGUCUCAACGUAUGAAGUUUUCAGAGAUCCCUCAGCGGCUGCACGCCUUGCUCAUGCCACCGGAGCCCAUCAUCAUUAAUCACGUCAUCAGUGUUGACCCUAAUGAUCAGAAAAAGACCGCUUGUUAUGACAUCGAUGUGGAAGUGGAUGAUACUUUGAAGACCCAGAUGAAUUCUUUCCUGCUGUCGACUGCCAGCCAGCAGGAGAUUGCUACUCUAGACAACAAGAUCCAUGAGACAAUAGAAACUAUCAAUCAGCUGAAGACCCAGCGGGAGUUCAUGCUGAGCUUCGCCAGAGACCCUCAGGGUUUCAUCAAUGAUUGGCUACAGUCCCAGUGCCGGGACCUCAAGACCAUGACCGAUGUGGUGGGUAACCCAGAGGAAGAGCGCCGAGCCGAGUUUUACUUCCAGCCUUGGGCUCAGGAGGCUGUGUGCCGAUACUUCUACUCCAAGGUGCAGCAGAGACGACAAGAAUUAGAGCAAGCCUUGGGAAUCCGAAAUACAUAGGGCCUCUCCCACAGCCCUGAUUUGGCUGCACCGAUUCGUAUUGGGGCCCUGUGCUGCCUGCCUCAUAGCACCUGCCUUGGUCUUGCUUGGGGCCUUCCAGGGGAUGCUGUUGGUUCAAGGACAACACCAGAAUGAAGAGGGUCUCGCAUUUCUGUCCCACAAGACACCUGUCACCCUCUUCUCCCACCCCAUCCCUUCCUGUCCCCUAGCUUCCCUUUGCCCCACAAAGUUCCCAUGUGCCUCUACCCUCCCCUGGUCUACAUAGGACCUCUAGAUAGUAUUAGAGAGAGAACCUGUAGUGGUAAUCAGUGCAUUGAAUGGAUUGGGCCUAAGGCCAGGUGGUCUUCAAGGGGACCGGCUACACUGAUCCUGCCCUUCAGAGACCCAGGAGUUGGGAGCUUUAGCCCCUUCUCUGAGACUCAGGCCUGGGGGCACUCUAUAAGCUAGUUGAUUUGGCUCUCUGGAUAACAGAAUCCAAUUUCCUUCCUUCCCUCCACAGGUUUGGAGCACACUCUCCCUUUACUUGUUGCCCUCUAGCACUAAAGGAACCCUGGUUCUUGGGCCCCACUGAGCCCCAGGUCAGUCCGCAGCCCUCCGGAUUGGCCUGCUGUCUCAGUGCUUCUCUUACUCCCUCGUAGGGGGUCCACAUCAGUAUUGGAGUUUGUUAACUAGUGCUCCCUCCCAGCACACUCCCUGUAGCUGCUGUCUUUAGGAUCCCCUGCUCUCGAGCUGUCCUAACGCAGGGCAUUUGGGUGGGGGAAUCUUGCCUUUCUCCGUCAGAGCCCCAGGGAUCUAACCUGGGGUAUUGUCAUUGCCAGCAGAGGCCGUUCCUUCCUGCUGUUGCUUGGAGGUGUGACUCAUUUAUUCACUCCAUCCUGCCUCCCCUAUCCCUUCAUAGAGAAACAGGCCUCAAAUCAAACGGGUAAAAGCCCUGGGCCAUCCCUGUCUUCCUGUCCCUUGUCUGCCCAGUUGACACCCACUGGUGACUUCUAGGGCACUGAGGAGUGAAAGCGCCUAGGGCUGGCGAAUAGCUCUGAGUUGGGUUUGUGACUCUUCCCUCUCCCUGCUUCACAGGAUUGUGACUCCCCAGCCCUUGCCCUCAAAGCUUCAGACCCCCUCAGGUAGCAGCAGGACCUUGUGAUCUUGGCCCCUUGGAACUGAGAUGGUUUUGCAUCUUUCCAGGAGAGCCUCAGAUUCUUCUUCCAGGUUGUAUCACCCCAAGUUAGCAUAUCCCAGGCUCGCAGACUCAACAUAGCAGGGUGGGAGACAGCUGGGCACAAAGGGGAAUUCCGUUCAGCCUGGGCUCUAAACCCACAGAACUGACAAAAGCCCCUGCUUCCCCACCCCCUCCUCAGGCUCCUGCGAGCACAUCCUCCAGCCCCAUAACCCUGCCUCUUCCACACUGGGGACAGAAUUUUCUCCCCAUCUUCCCCUUCCUCCCAUUAUCCCAUCCCUCCCUUAAAAGGUUCUCCCCACAGACACUGGACCACCUCUGUCCUUGGGGCUGGGACCAUGAGAAGGAAGUUCAGCACUCCUACAUAGUGUCCCUGUUGAAGAUAACUUUUUAUUAACUGAAUUAUGUUUUUUUCAUGGACCAAAAUUUUUUUUGUACUGUCCCCUUACCGAUGUCACCCAGUUUUAAUAAAAGAAUCUUCUGAAGGAUGGG